AUGGGCCGCUCAUUGAAUAGGGGAAUCCUUCAAAACUCGCCAAAGAAUAAGGAAUACCCUUAUCCUCCGUGGUUCUUUCGCGUCCUCGGUCCUUAUGUCCUUAGCGAUCGUUCGCCCUGUGGCUACGAGUUUGAUGAGGACCUCUCUGAUCUAGAGGAAAAGGGAGCAGAGAGUUAUGAAGAGUGGCCAACGAGGAAAAGAAGAAAAUUUGAGGAUAGCGAUCGGGAAAGCGACGAAGACGAAGACGAAGACGAAGACGACAGUACAUCUGAGAGAUCACAUGCUGAUUCUUUGGCCGACGUUUACUAUGAAUUCAAAGAAAUACGCGAAGAACGAAAAAGGGAGCUUGAACGGGAACGACAAGAUAUACUCGACAUGAUUCAGUCCGAAAGCGGAAUGGAAAACAAGGUCAACCAGGCAUACCGUUCUUUCAUGGACGCCCCAAAGGAGGACAAACUGACCUCCAUGCCGUCUCUUCAUGCCACCACUUACAUCAUUCAUUGCCGAGACCAACCUAGAUAUUUUUACAAUGGAUUGGGACCGGGAUAUGUUGAAUUUUACCACCUAUCAGUGGAGGAUAAUUUUGGUUCCAAUUCACCGCCAGAUUUUGACCAGAAGAGGAUAUACGGGCAUAUCUAUAUCAACGCAAGCAACAGCAUCGAGUUUGAACCAUUUGAUCCACCGGAUGAAUUCAGUGGGUCGGAUUUCAUAAUAUCACCUUUCCCGAGUGGCCCCCAUGAAGUGCGAAUCAAGUUUUUCAGCAAGGAUUACAUCAAAAUGAGUAUCCCUAGAGAGCUGGCAUUUGAGAAUAAAGAUCCGCCUGCCGAUGCUCCUGAUGUCUUUGAGUACGUGGGUGUUCGGCGCGAUUGGGAAAAGUGGAAGGCAGAAAGAAAAAGAAUGUGGGAGGAAGCGGAGAAAAAUCGGCCCCCUUCACCUCGCGACAGUUGGUUCGAGAGAACCCAUCCGAGGGGGUUCUGGAAUCAAGGACGGUGGUAA